CUUGACCCUCAUCAUGAAGCUGCUGCUGUUUCUGGUGUCUGGGUCCUUGGCCUGUGCUGGGGGAACCUACUGGUACCUGUUUCUGAAGCCCAGCCCGUUCUCUCUGGAGUCACUGCGGCCCACAGAACCACUAGAAGUGGACCAGAAGAAGAGGAACAAGGUGCUGAAGAAAGGUUUCAGUAGGGAGAGAAUCCCUGAGAACCUGGAUGCCAUCAUCAUCGGCAGCGGUCUCGGAGGCCUGACUACGGCUGCUUGUAUGGCCAAAAAGGGGAAGAGGGUGCUGGUUCUAGAGCAACAUGACAAUGCUGGUGGAUGCUGCCACACCUUCACGGAGAAAGGCUUUGAAUUUGAUGUUGGCCUGCACUACGUUGGUCAGCUGCAUGAGAACAGCCUGAUGCGGAUUGCCUUUGACCAGAUCACCGAGGGUCAGCUGGAAUUUGUGACCCUGCCCCAGCACUUUGACACCGUCCACAUUGGUCAGGGGGAGGAGCACCGAGAGUAUAGCUACUACAGCGGGAAGACCGAGAUGGAGGCCAACAUGAAGAAGCAGUUCCCAGAUGACACCAAGGCUGUUGAGGAGUUCUUCAGAGUCAUGAAGGUCUCUGCCAGGAAGACCCACUACCUGGGCCUCCUGAAGCUCAUCCCUCGCUGGCUGGCCCUCUUCUUUCUCAAGUCCGGCAUCGCUGACCGCUGCUCCUCCGUCUUUCGUCUGGCCACCACCGGCGUCACCACCUGGGCUGACCAGCUGACCAAUAACAAGGACCUCCAGCUCAUGUUCAACUACCUCUUCAUUGGUGAUCGCCCUAGAGACUGUAGCCUCUUCAUGAAUGCCCUCCUCAUCCACCACUACAAGCGUGGAGCCUACUAUCCUAGAGGGGGCGCCAGUGAGAUCCCCUACCACAUCAGCAACACCAUCCGCAAGUAUGGCGGUGAAGUGCUGGUGAGAGCUCCGGUCACUCGAAUCCUGUUGGAUAAAGAUGGCGCUGCCUGUGGUGUGGCGGUGAGGAAGGGCCAAGAGGUAGUGGAGGUGAAAGCACCCAUCGUAAUCUCCAACUGUGGCCUCUUCAACACCUUCAAGUACUUGCUGCCACCUCAGAUUCACAUAAAACAUGAUAUCCAGACGCGUGCCCAAAUGAUGAAACCUGGCAAAGCUUGCGUGCUCCUCUUCUGUGGUUUCGAUGCCACUGCUGAAGAGCUCGACAUCACGCCAACCACUUUAUGGCUCUUCAAGGAGAACGACAUAGACAAAUCGAUGGAUAAAUUCUUUGCUAUGAGCAAAGAUGAGGCCCCUGACAAUGUUCCCAUGGUGUUCAUCACCUUCCCAUCUGCCAAAGACCCUGCCUCAAAGAUCAGACACCCCGGCAAAUCCUGCAUGACUAUUCUGACCAUGGUUAACUACGAGUGGUUUGAGGAGUGGAAGGACGGGACAGUAAGGAGGAGAGGAGACGACUACACAGAGUACAAGAACAGAUUCGCUGACCACCUCUUUAACUGGGCCUGCGAGCAUUUCCCUAAGAUCAAAGACAAGGUGGUGUACCAGGAGAUAGCCACACCACUCUCCAAUGAGCACUACCUGAGAGCAUUCAGGGGGGCCCCGUACUCUGGCGAGCACACCCUAGAACGCUUUGACCCAGUGUUAAUGGCCAAGAACCGCUGUGACACGCCCGUCAAAAACCUCUACAUCACAGGUCAGGACGUGUUCAGCUGUGGUAUUGCAGGGGCCCUGCAUGGCGGGCUGAUCUGUGCCUCCACAGUGUUGGGCCACCUCCUCUACGUCGACCUCUUCAUGAUGAAGAUUAAACUGAAGGGGGGCAGCAUUUUACACACUUUACAGAAUCUGUUUUUUUAAUUAUUGAGAUUUUCGUACUUUAUCAUUUCCUUUUUUUUUUUUUUUUUUAAAUUUGACAGUUGCAGUUGCGCAGCUUUGUCAUGUAGGUUUUGUCAAAGUUGUUUUGUUGUUUUGCCACAGAUCCACAUGACACUUGGCUUACUUGAUGCUCAGCAUGGCUGUUAAAGACAAUAAGGGUUUUUGUCAUGUCCUCUUGUGUUAGGCAGCUAUUGAGGUCAAACAAGCAGAAAUACAUUUUUGUGCAAUAACUCAACAACUUUUGUGCAAAAAAAACAACCUUACGGUAUAUUGGCCUCUGAGAGACACAUCGCCCCCUGCUGACUCCUUUAUUUAGUAACGCCACCCUAGUGAAUAUCGUUAAUACAAAAAUCUGGCCUUUCAAUCAUGGCACUGUAACUGGCAUCUGUCAAUACCUCAAGACGUGUGUGCUAAUAUGUUGUUAUGAGAUGAUACAAACUACACAGAAUGUGACAUGAUGUGUCACCUUCACAUGCUUUGGAGGCAUGCCAUAUUUUGUGCAAUUCUGUCCAUAGUGUUGUUUUCAAACAUAUUCUUACCUUCAUCCAUUACUUCUAUUUUGUAUAUACUUGUAUAUUCCUGAACUUUUUGUAAUUAUUUUGCAUAAUGCUACAUAGCAUUGCAUUGUGUGAGGACUUGUGAGCAGAUUGUAUUUACCUAAUAGUUUGUCCUUGUGAGAGAAUGAGCACAAAUGCACUGCCCGAUGGUUAAAGAAUGUGGUGGCAGCACUUUGAUUGGGUGUGAAGCAGUACCUGGUGUUAUAUGUAGCCAUUGUGUGAAUAUGAG